GAAAACUCAGCUCUUGAUACUUGGGUCUUCAAUCUGUAGAGAAGAAACAAGGCUAAGGUAGAAACAAACAACAACACAAAGCCAAAAAGAAAGGCACCGAGGAAGACAUUCAAUUAAAGAUGGAGUCACCACUUAUAUAUGUUAUGCUGGUGCUUUUGAAUGUAUUUGUAUUUUCAUCAGGAGUAAUACAUAAUAAGGGUAAGGAGCGAACUUACUUUUCUUGUUCCGGUGAAGGGAUUCUCACAGGUCUGCAUACAAUCAAGUUGUUCCUUACCAUGGACAAUUUGAAAGUCCGCUGUUUCUUCAGAAAUGAAAAUCAAAGUCCUUCAAAGGAAAUUUUGGGUCUCUUUACAUCAGGAGGCCUUGCUCCCAACAUGAUAAUUACGAACAGUACAUUCUACGGUGGCUACUAUUUUAAAUUAACUCCGUUCAGUAAUCGUCUUGAGUGGUUAAUUGAUAUUCCUAGACAAAACAUCACUGUAAACACAGACAUUGCAGCUGUAGAACAGUGGAUGAUAAAGAUCACAAUGCAUGAAGGAUUAAACAUUUAUGAUACUGAGGGGACCUUAUUGGAUCUUGUUCGAGAGCCUAUUCUUCAGUGGAAUCUUGGACGUGUGCUUACAGAAAUGGAGGUUAGAGAUUUAUAUCCAGAAGUGAACGAUAUCAAAGUGACAAAGAGCCCCUGUGCCAAUGAUGUGGCUUUAAUAGGCUUUAUGAUGAAACCAUCAUCUAAUGGUGUUUUCAUAGGAAAAACCAUUUCUGGAUUUUGGACCUAUAAGGAAUGCAUAUGGCAUGACCUCACAGAGAUAAUCUAUGCAGAACUUAAAGAUGAACACCAAGGACUCACAGUGAUAGAUCUGGUUUUAACAAAUCAUUUUUUAGUCAUCCUUACCUCUUUGGGUCUUUAUGUAAGUAGUGAUCUUCGUUAUCCAACCACUUCACAGAUAAAGCUUUCCAGAGCAGAGUUUUGUGGAUUUGAAAGGGUUGACUAUAUUAGAGGAAAUCUGUGGUAUAAUGAAAAAUGUUUUGCAAACAGAGAAAGUUUUGAAGUUGAUUAUGUUACUAUCACUUUCAACAGAAACAGGACCCUCAGUGAGUCCAGUUCUUGUUUUUUCAGUAAAGAACCAUUUCUUCACUGGUUACCUUGUGUAUUCUCUACUAUUAAAAAUGAAAAAUCCAUUCCGCGUGUGAUAACAUUCCUUAUUGACCAAGAAACAGACAGUGGAAUUUAUCUUUUCAAUGUGCAAGAUACCAAAGAGACCUAUGUCACUGUAGCUAUGCUCAAGGAUGGGAAACCAAGCCCUCGACCAAAAUUUCCUAGUUUUCAUUUUCCUUCAACAUUCACUCUUCCACUUGGAAUGAUAUUCCAUCCCAGAAGCCACUUUCUGUAUGUUUAUGGCAGUCAAAUAUGGGUUUCAAUGGAUGGUGGCAAUACUUUUGAAAUGCUGUGUAACUUAUUCUCACACCAUGUAACAAAGACUUCUAAUAGCUUUUAUACUUCAGAUAUUGUUUUUAUUGUAGAAGAUGGAAGAAUUUUGACGACCAAGGCAGGCUUAACUACAUAUAGUGAACUGGGGAUAUUAAAGGAUGCCAUUUUCACAUUGUACUAUGAUCAAUUGGGAUACAUACACAAACUGACGCCAGAAAACUUUGACGCUGGUUCAAAACUUUUAGGGCAUGGAAAUUCUGGCAGCAUUUUUGGAAAGAGGCCUGAUUUGGGAUUUGAAGCUAUACUAGUUCCACAAUAUAUCUCUACCAACGAAAUGUAUUUCUUUGCACAUGUACCUCUGACUAUGCCUACCAACAUACAGUGGAAAAAGAGAUUUAAAACUAUUCACCUGGGGAAAACAAUAGAGUUCAGUAAAACUGGACUUGCUAAUAUCAAAAAUGUAUAUAUGCAUAAAACUGAGCCUGUGGGAUUUCAGACAUCUAUUCACACAGAAAUAAUAGUCCCUUUCGGGAUUGAGAACUCAAAGGACAGCCCUUGUUUACUUAGCGAUCUUGAAAUUACAUAUUCUGGAAAGUUAUACUACACAAUUAAGCUUCUAUCAAAAAAUCCCCUGCAUGAGCUUAAAUCUACAGAUGUAGAAAAGUCUGUGUUAAUACCUGGCUAUAGCAGCUUCCUGAUCAUGAACAUUACAGAUAAAUGGACUGCUUCUGCCUUGGCUACUAUGCCUCAAGCAAUAAAAUCAAACCUGAAGUUUCUAACAGGUUCUUGGUUCUUAUACAACUUUGGCACGGCUGGAGGACGGAAAUGGAGCAUAAGUACAAGACAAUGUAAUUAUUGGAUUCAACAAGAUAGUCUUGAUUUUAUGUCCCUUAAUCUUGUGAAGUAUAUUGAUGUGGGAAACACAAUAGAUUUUCAAUUUAAGAUUAUUCCAAAAGCUAUGUCAACAUUUCCUAUCCCUCCAGUCAGUAUGGUGGUUGGAAACCCAGGAUUGGUGGAAGUUAAGACACAAGGUGUUUUUGACCUCAAUGAAAAUUAUUAUCUAGAUAUUCAUGUAUCUGGAAGAUUUUUUCAAAAAGGUUCCACUUCAAUAGCACUGGUUCUUUGGGAGGGAUCAAGUAAAUGCUAUGCUAUUACACUGCUGCCAACCAUAAAGAGCAGCUGCAGUUACCUCAGGACUAUGCACCACACUCCUGGCAGGCACAUACCACCUGAAGACUGGAUUAGCGGAGUUCACAAGGACAGUCAGGGUUUCAAUAUGAUCAAAACUCUGCCGAUAAACUACAGACCUCCAUCCCACAUGGGAAUUUCUAUUCCACUCACAGAUAAUUUUUAUCAUGCAGACCCUAGCAAACCCAUACCGAGAAAUCAAUUUCACAAGUCAAAGGAAACUGGCAAAUACAAACAGUGUGCUAAUGUUACCAGUCGGGCAAUGUGCAACUGCUCAGAACAUCAAAAGUUUUCCCAUGCUGUUGCUUUCUCAGAUUGCAAAGAAAAGGUUCAUCGUUUCAAGUUUCCAGUCACACAAUACCCAGUUGUUUUGGAAAUUUUCAAUGAAAGAGACAAAAUCUCCGCAGAACCUCCGUAUUUAGUUACCAUGACUGAAGUGAAUAUGAGGAAAAACUGGCAACUAAAACACAAUGAGCCAGAAAACGUUAAGAAAAUGAAGCAUUACUUAGAGCCACUGCUUAAGACUCCAGUGUAUAAUCCUUUAGGUCUCAACCUAACCAUACAGGGCUCUGAACUGUUUCACUUCAAGGUGUCUGUGGUUCCUGGAGUCAGCUUUUGUGAGUUAAGUGAAGAAUUUCAGAUUUAUGUCGACGAAGUCCCAUUGCCUUUUCCAGGACAUGCACUAAUAGCUGUUGCAACAUCUGUAGUGCUAGGAGUAUUAAUUUUUAUAGCAUUUGUAUUCCAACUGCGUAACAUCCACCCACUGAAGGCAUUGAAGAAAUCUAUUAGGGGAAAUCCUGGACUCACCUCAAGUACAACUGUUAGCUCAUAAUUUAAGUCUGUAUAAUUAACCAAUGAUAACUGAUUAUCUUUGAAUCCUAGUUCCAUUAAACAUGUUCAUAUAACAUACUUAAAUUUCUUAAAUGUGCAUUUGGUACAAUGCUAUAUUAUUAUUAUACUAUUAUAAUUCUAGUUUCUGACAGUCAGUAGCUUCACAUUACAUUUUCUUAUUUUUAAAAUACAUAAAAGAUUGUUUUAACACUUACAUGGCAUGGGUGUUUUGGGGGGAGAUUGUUUUCCAAAAUAUAAAGUGAUAACC